AUGUCACUCAAUAAAUGUGCUUUUCGCUGUGUGGUGUUGGUGUUGUGGGUUACGUGUGGAUGCUUGGGCAAGCCUAUUUGGUUCGAAACUCUGGAGCAACUUAAUGUCGCAUUGGCAGGUGCGAAGAAGUCGUUCGGUGAUGGCGUGUCCCCCAAUUCGACUGCGACGCCGUUGGAGGGUCAUUCGACGAUUUUACGGUCUGGUAAAGGUGUGGAUUGGCUUUCCAUGGCAAUCAAUGUUGCGUUGGGUACCUUGUCAUCGGGCGGUUUCGUUUGUAUUUGCACAUGCGGUAUUAAGUUUAUCCGGAAUGGGGGGCGGUGCAAGUCUGCAUGGUUUCGCCCAAAAUCUUUGGCCGAGUACAAACGUCGCCAACUGGCGAAGAAUGAUUUAGAAAUGGUGUCAAGGGGCAAUGAAAGACGUCCGGUAUCGACCAUUUCUUCAGCUACGUCAUCGUCGCCACCACAGGCGUUGUAA